AUACCUCGCUUAUUUAACUUUGCAACCCCGUUAAGGAUCUUUCCACGUACAACACCGGGCUUUUCACUAACUCUUAAUAAUUUAGGAGUAGAAGGAAUAAAUGAAAAUGAAACGAAUCAAGAUAAGGAAGAUGGUGGUGAUAAUCGUUCAGCGAAAUUACCAAAACUCAUGUCAUCCGUUGUGAUAGGAAAAGAGCUUGAAGAACUAAUAGUUGCUAUUUUGGAGAGUUUGAAUGUUGAGAAAGG